GCCCCGCUCGCGGCCAUGCGGCUGCGGCUCCCGGUGCGCGGCCCCGCGGCGCUGAAGGUGCUGGCGGCCGCCGGCGCCGCCGCCGCCCCGGUGCAGCUCGUGUGGGGCGGCCCCAGCGAGCCGCCGCGAGCCCCGCUGAGGCCGCCGUGGGCCCCGGCGCUGGAGCUGGAGAGCGGCGCCGUCCUUUUCUCCCCCAACGCCAUCUGCCAGUUCUUCUUCCUGUGCCGCGGGGACGCGCCCUCGGACCUCGGCAACCAGUGGCUGGAGUGGGAGGCCACCGAGCUGCAGCCCGUGGCCGCCGCCGCGCUCUACGCCCGGCUGGUGCUCGGCAGGAAGGCGCCGGAGGCGGUGCAGGCCCUGCGGGAGCCGCUGGCCCACAUCGAUCAGAGCCUGGCCAGGACGGGCGCUGCCUUCCUCGCGGGGGACACCCCGUCCGUGGCCGAUGUGGUUGUGUGGGGCACCUUGUUCCCUGUCCUGCCGGAGGAGAGCAGCCUGCCAGGCGAGCUGCAGGCACUGAGGACCUGGUUCCAGAACGUGACGCUCUUGGAGGCUUGCAGGGAGGCUGCCGACAGCGUCCUGAUGCCCGAGGCACUGCUGGAGUUCAAGUCCUACCUGCAGAAGCAGCCUCCGCCCUGCCUGGCCAUGCACAAAGCCACCAGUAACGAGCCCGAGGAGGAGGAAGGUUCCGAGCGGGCCCUGACAGAGGAGGAGAUCGCAGCUGCUGCGGACGCCUGGGCCCGUGGGGCUGCGGCGCUGCCCAAGCCCUGGCAGCCUCAGAAACCUGUGCUGCCCGUGGAGGGCAUGAGGAACGUCCUGAUCACCAGCGCUCUGCCCUAUGUGAACAACGUGCCCCACCUUGGCAACAUCAUCGGCUGCGUCCUCAGCGCUGACACCUUUGCCAGGUACUGCCGCCUGCGGAACUGGAACACGCUCUACGUGUGCGGCACGGACGAGUACGGCACCGCCACCGAGACCAAGGCGGUGGAGGAGGGGCUGACGCCGCAGGAGAUCUGUGACAAGUACCACGCCAUCCACGCCGACAUCUACCGCUGGUUUGACAUCUCCUUCGACUGCUUCGGCCGCACCACCACGCCGAGGCAGACCACGAUCGCCCAGGACAUCUUCCAGCGCCUGCUGGCGCGCGGGUGCCUGCUGCAGGACACGGUGGAGCAGCUGCAGUGCGAGGGCUGCCGGCGCUUCUUGGCCGACCGCUUCGUGGAGGGCACUUGCCCCUUCUGCGGCUACGAGGAGGCGCGGGGGGACCAGUGUGAUAAAUGCGGCAAACUCAUCAACGCUGUGGAGCUGAAGAGCCCCCAGUGCAAGCUCUGCAGGGGUGUCCCCGUAGUGAAGCCCACCCAGCACCUCUUCCUGGACCUCCCCAAGCUGGAGCAGAGGCUGGAGGCCUGGCUGGAGCAGUCCUGGGCCACGGGGGACUGGACGGCCAACGCUCGCUACAUCACCCGCUCCUGGAUCCGGGAUGGGCUCAAGCCCCGCUGCAUCACCCGUGACCUCAAGUGGGGCACACCCGUGCCCCUCGAUGGCUUCCGUGACAAGGUCUUCUAUGUGUGGUUUGAUGCUCCCAUUGGGUACUUGUCCAUCACAGCCAGCUACACCGACCAGUGGGAGAGGUGGUGGAAGAACCCACAGCAGGUUGAGCUCUACAACUUCAUGGCCAAAGACAACGUUCCGUUCCACAGUGUCGUAUUCCCCUGCUCGCUCCUGGGCGCUGAUGACAACUACACCCUGGUGAACCACCUCAUUGCCACAGAGUACCUGAACUACGAGGAUGGGAAGUUUUCCAAGAGCCGGGGUGUGGGAGUGUUUGGGGACAUGGCCAAGGACACGGGCAUCCCUGCGGACACCUGGCGCUUCUACCUGCUGUACCUGCGGCCCGAGGGGCAGGACAGCGCCUUCUCCUGGAGCGACCUCAUGCUCAAGAACAACUCGGAGCUGCUGAACAACCUGGGCAACUUCAUCAACAGGGCUGGCAUGUUCGUGUGCAAGUUCUUUGGCGGCACCGUCCCCAGCAUGGUGCUGGCACCCGAUGACAAGCGGCUCCUGGCCCGGGUCACGCUGGAGUUGCGCCAGUACCACCAGCUGCUGGAGAAAGUCCGCAUCCGGGAUGCUCUGAGAUGCAUCCUCAGCAUCUCUCGCCAUGGCAACCAGUACAUCCAGGUGAACGAGCCCUGGAAGCGGAUCAAGGGGGAUGAAAAGGACAGGCAGCGUGCAGGGACAGUGACUGGUGUGGCUGUGAACAUGGCUUCCCUGCUGGCUGUCAUGCUGCAGCCCUACAUGCCCAGUGUCAGCUUGGCCAUCCAGGGGCAGCUCUGCAUCCCCCCGGACUGCUUCGUCCUGAGCCACGACUUCACCUGCACCCUGCCCCCUGGGCAUCGUGUGGGCACUGUGAGUCCCCUGUUCCAGAAGCUGGAGCCCGAGCGGGUUGAAGCCCUGCGCAGGCGCUUUGGGGGCGGGCAGGCCAAGCAGACACCUCCAGCCCCAGAGACCCUCGUGGCCCCCGCUGACCCCCAGCGGCUCCAGGAGCUGAUGCAGGAGGUGGCCAGGCAGGGCAACCACGUUCGGCAGCUGAAGGCCAGCAAGGCAGAGAAGGCCCAGGUUGAGGUGGAGGUGGCCAAGCUGCUGGAGCUGAAGAAGCAGCUGGCAUCAGCAGAGGGCAAAAGCCCCGAAGUCCCUGUGCCCAAGGGGAAGCAGAAGAAGUAG